GGCGUCUCUGCUGAUGUGUCGUCGGUGGCCGUCACCUGGGAACGAUCUCUGUUGUUGAAGAUUUGUGGAGUCUGGCCGAAUCUUCACAAAUCGAUUUUUCCGCGACGGAAAAAUGCUCCGCGUUGCAGCGGUCGUGCUUCUGGGCUGCUGGGGGCUUGUGACCGCCCAAACCGUUAAGCAAUUCGAGAACGUCAACGUUGAGAGGAAUAUAGACGUAUCGUCUCAAUUGGUUCGCGUCACAGCAAAAAUCACCGCGGAAAAUAAAGGAGCUGCCGCAGCUUCGAGUUACCAUGUAGCGAUAGACGCUGAUGAAGCCAAACAAUUGAGCUACAUAUCAGCCACGAGCGAGUCCAUACCCCUCGGUGUCGUUCUCGACAAAGCUGCAUCUACGAAAGACGUCGCCUUGUACAAAGUCACCUUACCAACAUCGAUAUCGCCGGGCAAGACCAUCAAGCUUGAUUUCGUCUACGUCUUGACGCACUGGCUGGAGCCGUUCCCGUCGGAAGUGCAACAGGACGAGAAGCAGUUGGUCAUCUACAGAGGGAAUCAUUAUCUCUUCUCGCCGUAUACCACGGCCAAGCAAACGACCAAAGUCAAGCUUGCAUCGAACCGCGUUGAAAGUUACACCAAUACGCUGAAACCAAACGCUCAAUCGGACUCCUCUGUGACCUACGGACCCUACCUGAAGAUCGCGGCUCUGACCAAAGAACCGUUCAAGGUCCAUUACGAAAACCAGAAUUCUUUCUUAGUUGUGAAGAACCUAAAACGAUGGAUCGAGGUUUCUCACUGGGGAACGGUUCAGGUCGAGGAGACCGUCGACGUCAAACACGAAGGUGCUCGUUUGAAGGGCAGCUUCAGCCGAUACGACUUCCAACGAGAGAUGAGUCCCUCAGCCGCGGUGAAAACUUUCAAAACUUUCUUACCGUCCGGAGCCAGGGAUGUGUACUAUAGGGACGAGAUCGGGAAUAUUUCGACGUCCCACCUCCGGAAGCGCUUCGAUGCGGUUGAAGUUGAGCUCCGACCUCGCUUCCCGUUGUUUGGAGGCUGGAAAACCCACUACCUCCUCGGAUAUUCUGUUCCCACGACCGAUUUCCUCCUGCACGACGGAGUUGACGGUUUUGUCCUUAAGAUAAACUUCAUUGACCACAUCUUCGACGACGCCGUGAUCGACAACGCUGUCGUCAAGAUCGUUCUGCCUGAAGGCUCUAGGGAAAUCCGCCUGAAACUCCCCUUCUCAGCACAGAGACACCCGGACGAAAGACAUUACACCUAUUUGGAUACGACGGGUCGCGUUGUUGUCGUCCUCAGUAAACAGAACCUCGUUGAGGACCACAUUCAACCGCUCGAAGUCCACUACAAGUUCAACAAAAUGAGGAUGUUCCAAGAGCCCUUGCUGGUCGCGGUGGCUCUCUUCAUUUUAUUCACGACGGUCAUAAUCUACGUCCGCUUGGACUUCUCCAUCCGUAGCGACCCGAAUCAGGAGCAGAAAUGGAAGCUCCUCUCACUGCAGGAGCGCAUCGCGCGCUCUCAAGACCGACGGGAUGCGAUCUACGCGGCUAUUGAUCAGAGUCUAGCGAAGUUCAAACUAUCCAAGGACCAGGCGGGAUUCGAAGCUUCCCUGAAGAAGAAUCUCCCAACGCAGAAGCUCAUCUCGGAAGAGUUUGCUCAACACGAAGAGGAAGCGAAGGCUGGGGCAAUGAACGCUGCUCUCGAAACCAUAGCCGAGCUGAAUAAGCUGGACAAAAUUCUCCGAGACACCCUAAACUACCAAGUGUCAAUUCUCGAGAAAUUCAUCGCCGGCAAACUGAACAAGCAACAGUACACAGAUCAGGAGAUGGUCCAGAGCAAGAAGAAGCACGAGACUUACGAGAAAAUUCGGGACAUCAUCUGUAAACUCUAGACGAGCGGGGGGAGAAAUUCUAGUCCGGAUGACUGUGGUUCGCCGUGAAUGAGUGAAAGUUUUCCAACUGCGUUUCUGUCUCCUCAAAUGCUUUAUUUAUUGAAAAUAUAGUCGGGCAAAGAACUGUUGCUAUUUACGGA